CGAAAGUGUUGUCAAUCAUACACGGAUGGAGCGGGGAGGUAUGGACGCAGUGGAAACCAUCAGCAUCUGUGUCAAACGAUGAAGGUUGUGCAAAAGCUGACAAUUUUUGCUUGAUAAUAGUGAGAGGAAGAGGAUCUGCCAGUAUGUAUGGGUUUGUCAAUCACGCCUUGGAGCUGCUCGUUUUAAGGAAUUACGGACCGGAAGUAUGGGAAGACAUCAAGCUUUUGUGUUCAGGAGAGAGGCUCAACUCGACAUCGAGGGACAGUUCCUCGUGAGAAUCAUAUAUGAGGAUGCCAAAACAUAUGAUCUUGUUGGCGCUGCAAGCAAAGUUCUCAAAAUUGAUGCGGGAGACAUCUUGCAGAUGUUUGGGAAGAUGUUCUUUGAGUUUUGCCAAGAGUCUGGAUACGACACUAUCUUGCGAGUGCUGGGAUCAAAUGUUCGUGAAUUCCUUCAGAAUUUGGACGCCCUUCACGAUCACUUGGGCACCAUCUAUCCAGGAAUGAGGGCUCCCUCCUUCCGGUGCACGGAUGCGGAGAAGGGCAACAAUCUAAUCCUCCACUACUACUCUGAGAGAGAAGGCCUGCAGGACAUCGUGAUUGGCAUCAUUAAAACCGUUGCACAGCAAAUACAUGGAACAGAGAUAGAGAUGAAGAUGAUCCAGCCGAAAAGCGAGGAGUGCGACCACAUCAAGUUCUUGAUUGAGGAAAAGGACUCAGAGGAAGAGGCCUUCUACGAGGACCUUGACGGCUUCGAGGAGAAUGGCACGCAGGAGACACGCAUCAGCCCGUACACGUUUUGCAAGGCCUUUCCUUUCCACCUGAUGUUUGACAAAGACCUGACGCUCACACAGUGCGGCAACGCCAUUUACCGAGUUCUGCCUCAGCUCCAGCCUGGCGCCUGCAUCCUCACUUCAGUGUUUUCCCUGGUCCGCCCGCACAUUGACUUCAGCUAUCACGGCAUUCUUUCCCACAUCAACACUGUCUUUGUCCUGCGAAGCAAGGAGGGCCUGCUAAAUGUGGAGACUGUGGAGAAUGAGGAUGAGCUGACGGGAGUGGAAAUCAGCUGUCUGAGGUUGAAAGGACAGAUGAUUUAUUUGCCUGAAGCGGAGAACAUCCUUUUUCUUUGCUCGCCUAGUGUGAUGAACCUGGAUGAUCUGACGCGAAGGGGCCUGUACCUGAGCGACAUCCCGCUCCAUGAUGCCACGCGUGACUUGGUGUUGCUGGGGGAGCAGUUUCGUGAGGAGUACAAGCUGACUCAGGAGCUGGAGAUCCUAACUGACCGCCUGCAGCAUACACUUCGGGCUCUGGAGGAUGAAAAGAAAAAGACAGACAGAUUGCUGUACUCCGUCUUGCCGCCAUCUGUUGCCAACGAGCUACGACACAAACGUCCUGUCCCAGCGAAGCGCUACGAUAACGUCACCAUCCUCUUCAGUGGCAUCGUGGGCUUCAAUGCCUUCUGCAGCAAGCAUGCAUCUGCUGAGGGAGCUAUCAAGAUAGUCAACCUGCUCAAUGAUGUUUACACCCGCUUCGACAUCUUGACAGACUCUCGGAACAACCCCUAUGUAUACAAGGUGGAGACGGUCGGUGACAAAUACAUGACGGUGAGUGGCCUGCCAGAGCCGUGUACGCAUCACGCCAAGUCAAUCUGCCACCUCGCCCUGGACAUGAUGGAGAUUGCCGGACAAGUCAAAGUGGAUGACGAGCCCGUACAGAUUACGAUUGGGAUCCAUACAGGAGAGGUGGUGACUGGAGUGAUUGGCCAGAGGAUGCCCCGCUAUUGCCUGUUUGGAAACACAGUCAACCUCACAAGUCGCACUGAAACCACCGGCGAAAAGGGCCAAAUCAACGUUUCAGAGUAUACUUACAGGUGUUUGCAGUCAGCAGAGAACGCAGACCCCCAGUUCAAUUUGGAGUAUCGUGGCCCCGUCACCAUGAAGGGAAAGAAGGAGCCCAUGAAGGUGUGGUUCCUGUCCAGGAAGUCCACUGGCACACCUUGAGUCCCCUUCAAUUUCAAGCCUAACAAUCAGUCUAGUCAAGCAGAUGUAUUCAAUGAAAUAACCUGGUUUUGAUAUCCAAAUACAUUUAUAUGAAACUGUGCCAUUGUGCUCUGCCACACCAUAGUAUAUAUAUUUUUUAGCAUACAGUGUGUCAUAAAGACUUUAAGUAGCUUAGUAUUUGUUCAUGAUAAUAACUGUAUUUGGAAAGCACUUUUCAUAGGUAAAAAUACACACUCACAAAUAAAAAAAGAAAUAGUUCGAUUUUACCGUUAGCAAUGCGUAAGUCUAAAUAUAUAGAUGAUGAUAUUGAUGUUUUAAAGUUAAUAAGCAGUGAAUGGGUCUGUGUGAAAGGUACCAAUUUAAAGUUAGAAAUUCCUAAUGUUGCUUCAUUUGAGUUCACCUAAAUCAUGGCACAAACAUUCUGAAUUCCUCACGUUCCUGUGGGAAAUGAUGAGUGUUUGUCACCCAUCUUUUAAGCGCUUCCAUGUUUGAGAAUGUGUACGUUAUUUGGUCUGAUGUCUGAUACUUGCCAAAAUAUUUGGAAGUCAAAGAAAUCUCAAUAAAUUGGAAUGUACAGUAUUUCAAAAGUCUCAUUCAAAUAGGGAAAAUACUGUAUUCUAUCAAUGACACUACACACACAAAAAAGAAUAUGUUUCAUCAUUUCGAUGAUUAGAGCUUACUGCUACUAACAGCCCCAAAUUCAAUAUCUCAUCAAAUGUGUUAAAAUUGCCAAAAGAAAGUUCAUUGUUGUAAACUAGUGGAAUGCUCUGUAUUUAAAAAAGCUGCAAAAAAAAUUGGUAUCUAAAAUCUGAAUGAAACUCCAGAAAUCAAAAACGUUUUGCACCACAUUCUCAUUUAUUGAGAUGCACCUGUUUUGCCCACUGACCAAAAUAUGUACAGUACAUUAUACAUUGGCCCUGCGGCUGGCUGGCGGCCAAUCCAGGGUGCACCUCUCGCCCGAAGUCAGCUGGGAUAGGCUCCAGCAUACCCGCGACCCUAGUGAGGAUAAGCGGCAAAGAAGAUGGAUGGAUGGCAUUAUAAUUUGGAAUGUGAGUUCAUAUCAAAGCAGCAUAUUUACUACUUGUUUGCAUUUAUAGAAUAGUAUUAAGCCACCUUAAUAUUUGACAUUUCGACAUCUUAAUAUUUAUUAUUACCAUCAUGUUGUUGGAUAGGUUUAAUUUUUGCUGGAGGUCUCUAUUUAUGGAAACGAGAAACCAGAGUGACUGUUUUUAGAAUGUGGGAGGAAGCAAUUUCAGUGAGUCUGAACUAAUAUUUGUGACAAUGUAAUUGCAUUACACGUGUAAAAUGCAAGAUGAGAAAAUAAAACGUGUUGCUUUACAGUACAUUAUUUUUCAUUUCAACAUUUUAUCAGUGGCGACAUCAGCCUUUGUUCGCUCAUGUAACGUUUACUGUGUAUGGGGCGCCUUCUAGUGGC